GUGCAGACGGCGUUGGUGUCGGUUUCGUUUUGGUUUUGUCGGCGGCGGUUGCUAAACACAAUUUAAGUUCACUCGGUUAGCAGACAUUACAAACACAUACAUAUACGCAUACGCAAUGUGGUGCACAGACAUACGGACAAGUACUGGCCAGAAGAAACCAGAAAAAAAAGGCCGCAAAAUACACCCAUCGAACAUUCGUUGAGUCGCGUUCAGUUUGUUUUAUUCGCAUUCGUGCUUGUGUGAUCUGUAUUCGUGUGCUUGUGUGUUUGUGUGUGGAUUGGAUUUGCCAAUUUUAGUCGACUGGCUCUCAGUUACGAACUUAAACUUAAAGAGCGAGCAACGUGACGUGUCGCUGAAAUUCGCGCACAACUUCCUACAAAAAGAAAUCGGCAAAAAAAAGCCGAAACUUGUUUUUUUAAUUUUAUUUUUUUAUUGUGCAUCAUUCAAUGUAUGUGUGAGUGUGAGUGCGAAAAUACAAAGCAAGAGAAGAGCGAAAGAGCGCCGGCCGAGAGAGAAAGAGAGAGAGCAGCUGAUUUUCGCCGGCAAGUGUAAGUGUGUCAGCUGUUCCUCAAGCCCUCUCUGUUAACAGUGCGAUAGAGGGAGAAAGAGCGCUAGUUCAGAGCGAAUAUGUUAUGUCUUGCACGCCAUCUCCUCUUUGUGCUGCAUUUGCUUUUGUAAUGCACGAACAACAAAUGCAGCAGCCAGGCCUGCAAAUACAAGAAAUACAAAGGCAAAGACAACAAAUCGAAAUAAAUAGAAUUCACCAACAACAUCCACUGUGGAGAAUUGAUGAAGAAGAACCGCCGCAAAUACAACAAACAAGCCAGCAGCAUAUACCACAAAUUCAUCGAAACAUACCAUCGGCAUUACCACCAAGGCUGCAACAAAUACCAGAAGAAUUUCGGAAUAUAUCGCAAAAAAUAUUUAACAAACAACAAGAAGCAACAGCUACAAUUAUAAACCAAAUAACUGAAUUGAAACCAUUUCAACAAAUUCCUAUAAUACAACAAAAACAACAGCAAAUUUAUCAAAUUGCAACAGAGUUGCAAAAACAAGAAAUAUCACAGCAAAUAGCUGGACAACAGCAGCAACCAAAAAUACCGAGAAAACGUAGUGCAACAACAAUAACCACCACGACGACGGCAGCAACGAACAGCAACAACAGCUGCAGCAGCAGUAGUUGCAACAACAACAACAACAACAGCAGCAACAGCGGCGGCUACAUAAUGUUAGCCUCUGCCGGCGCCUCUGCUGCCGCCGCUCGCAAACGCAGUCGCAGCGCCAGCAACGGUAGCAAACGCAACGCUGGCAGCGGCCGCAAAUUAACGAAGAGCAUGUCCGCCGGUGCUCAGUUGCAGAUGGCCCCGCAGACUACUUCGGCCCUAAGUCACCACCAUCCUAACCAGCAGCAACAGCAGCAGCUGCAGCCGCCUCAGCAGCAGCAGGCCCCGCCCCCGCAGCAGCAACAACAGCAACAGCAUUUUGCGAAUCAUCACAACGCCCAGCAGCAGCAGCAGCAGCAGCAACAGGAGCAGCCGAAUCCACAGCAGAUCCUCGCUCAGCAGCAUCUGCAGCACCUGCACAAGCAUCCACACCAGCUGCAGCAACUGCAUCAGCAGCAGCACUUCCACCAGCAGCAGCAGUCGCUGCAGGGACUGCAUCAGGGCAGCAGCAAUCCGGAUUCGAAUAUGAGCACUGGCUCCUCGCACAGCGAGAAGGAUGUCAACGAUAUGCUAAGUGCUGCCGGAGCAACGCCAGGAGCAGGAGCUGCCCUUCAGCAGCAGCAACAGCAGCAGCAGCAACAACAACAUCCCGCCUUUCCACCCACAUUGGGUAUGCAACAACCGCCGCCGCCACCACCCCCGCAGCACUCGAACAAUGGAGGCGUAGCCGGAGAGAUGAGCUACAUGACGGCAGCCAGCACAACGACGACGUCCGUGGCGGCAGUGGCUGUCGGCAAGCCGCGCACUCCGGCGGAACGGAAACGGAAACGAAAAAUGCCUCAUACCGCUGAUGAGGCGGGGAGCGGCGGAGGCUCCGGAGGCGGUGGUGGCAGCGGUGGGAUCCCAGGAGGCGGCGGCACUGGAUCCGGUGGUGUGAACAACUGCAGCCUGAAGGGCAAAUCUCUGGCCUUUCGUGAUAUGCCCAAGGUGAACAUGAGCCUGGGUCUGGGAGAUCGCCUGGGCGGCUCAGCAAGCAGCGGUGGAGGCGGUGCCGGAGGCGGUGGUGCCGGCAGCGGAGGAAGUGGCGUCGGUUCCGGGUCCGGCAGUGGCGGCGGCAAAAAUGCCCGCCUAAUGCUGCCCGGCAGCGACAACAAGAAGAUCAACGACUACUUCAAUAAGCAGCAGCCAGGCGUCGGUGUCAGCGUUGGCGUCGCCGGCAGUGGGGGUGGGAACUCGGGCGGAAUCCGGGGAUCCCACACGGGCGGCGGCAGCAAGUCACCGUCAUCCGCCCAGCAACAGCAACAGCAGCAGACAACGCAGCAACAGGCGACAGGUGUGACGGCGGGAGGCGGCGUCGGCGUCGGCGUUGUUACAGGAGGUGCUGCUGGCAACCAAGUGCAGGUGCAGACCAGCAGCGCCUAUUUGUAUCCACCAGCUAGUCCCCAAACGCAGACGCCGCAGCAGCAGCAGCAAGCGGGAGCCGCCGACUUCCACUAUGUCAACUCCAGCAAGGCGCAGCAGCAGCAGCAACAGCAGCAGCAGCGCCAGCAGCAGCAACAGACUUCCAAUCAAAUGGUUCCUCCACAUGUGGUCGUGGGCAUGGGUCAUCCCCUCAGUCUCGCCUCCAUCCAGCAGCAGCAGCAAACGCCGCAGCAGCAGCAGCAACAGCAGCAGCAGCAACUAGGACCGCCGACCACGUCAACGGCCACCGUUGUUCCAACGCAUCCGCAUCAGCUGGGUUCCCUCGGCGUUGUCGGUAUGGUUGGUGUUGGUGUAAACGUUGGUGUAGGUGUUGGUGUUAAUGUGGGCGUUGGGCCACCUCUUCCACCGCCACCGCCCAUGGCCAUGCCAGCUACCAUUAUAACGUAUAGCAAGGCCACACAAACGGAGGUUUCGCUGCACGAACUGCAGGAACGUGAGGCGGAGCAUGAGUCCGGCAAGGUGAAGCUGGACGAGAUGACGCGGCUAUCGGACGAGCAAAAGUGUCAGAUAGUUGGCAAUCAGAAGACGAUCGAUCAGCACAAGUCGCAUAUUGCCAAGUGCAUCGAGGUUGUUAAAAAGCUGCUAAAGGAGAAGAGCAGCAUCGAGAAGAAGGAGGCGCGGCAAAAGUGCAUGCAGAAUCGUCUCCGCCUUGGCCAGUUUGUCACCCAGCGAGUGGGCGCCACAUUCCAGGAGAACUGGACGGACGGUUAUGCGUUCCAGGAGCUGAGCCGGCGGCAGGAGGAGAUCACCGCCGAACGUGAAGAGAUCGAUCGGCAAAAGAAGCAGCUAAUGAAGAAGCGCCCGGCGGAGUCCGGACGUAAGCGCAACAACAAUAGCAACCAGAACAACCAGCAACAGCAGCAGCAGCAGCAACAUCAGCAACAGCAGCAGCAACAGAAUUCCAACUCGAACGAUUCCUCGCAGCUAACCGGCGGCGUUGUUGUCAGCGGACCGGGCAGUGACCGCCUUGGCGGCGGCGGUGCCGGUGGUGGUGUCAGCGUUGAUAGCGGCCUUGGUGGCAAUAAUGCUGGCGGAAUUGUUGGAGGCGGUGGCGGCGGCGUCGGUGGCGGCGGUGGCGUCGGCGGCGUCGGUAGCGGCGGUGUCGGUGGUGUUGGUGGCGGAGGCGGCGGUGGUGGCGGCGGACGCGGCUUAUCGCGUUCCAAUUCGACGCAGGCCAAUCAGGCUCAGUUGCUGCAUAAUGGCGGCGGAGGAUCGGGUGGUAAUGUUGGCAAUUCCGGCGGCGUUGGCGACCGACUCUCGGAUCGAGGUGGCGGCGGCGGAGGCGGUGGCAUUGGCGGUAACGAUAGCGGCAGCUGCUCGGACUCUGGCACCUUCCUCAAGCCGGACCCCGUAUCGGGGGCGUACACAGCGCAGGAGUACUACGAGUAUGACGAGAUCCUCAAGUUGCGACAAAACGCACUCAAGAAGGAGGACGCCGACCUGCAGCUGGAGAUGGAGAAGCUGGAGCGAGAGCGUAACCUGCAUAUCCGAGAGCUCAAGCGGAUACUCAACGAGGAUCAGUCCCGCUUCAACAAUCAUCCCGUGCUGAACGAACGCUAUCUUCUGCUGAUGCUGCUGGGCAAGGGCGGCUUCUCCGAGGUGCACAAGGCCUUCGACCUCAAGGAGCAACGCUAUGUCGCAUGUAAGGUGCACCAAUUAAACAAGGAUUGGAAGGAGGAUAAGAAAGCUAAUUAUAUCAAACACGCCUUGCGGGAAUACAACAUCCAUAAGGCGUUGGAUCAUCCGCGGGUCGUCAAGCUCUACGAUGUCUUUGAGAUUGAUGCAAACUCGUUUUGCACGGUGCUCGAGUAUUGUGAUGGCCAUGAUUUGGACUUUUAUUUGAAGCAACAUAAGACUAUACCCGAGCGUGAAGCGCGCUCGAUAAUAAUGCAGGUUGUAUCUGCUCUCAAGUAUCUGAAUGAGAUUAAGCCGCCAGUUAUCCAUUACGAUCUGAAGCCCGGCAAUAUACUGCUGACCGAGGGCAAUGUCUGUGGCGAAAUCAAGAUCACCGACUUUGGUCUGUCCAAGGUGAUGGACGAUGAGAACUACAAUCCCGAUCACGGCAUGGAUCUAACCUCACAGGGAGCGGGCACCUACUGGUAUCUGCCACCCGAAUGCUUUGUUGUGGGCAAGAAUCCGCCAAAGAUCUCAUCCAAGGUGGACGUUUGGAGUGUCGGUGUCAUCUUUUACCAAUGCCUCUACGGCAAGAAGCCCUUUGGCCAUAAUCAGUCGCAGGCCACAAUUCUCGAGGAGAACACAAUCCUCAAGGCCACCGAAGUGCAGUUCUCCAACAAGCCAACCGUCUCCAACGAGGCCAAGAGUUUCAUUCGAGGCUGCUUGGCCUAUCGAAAGGAGGAUCGCAUGGAUGUGUUUGCGCUGGCCAGGCAUGAGUAUAUCCAGCCGCCGAUACCCAAACAUGGGCGAGGAUCGCUGAAUCAACAGCAGCAGCAGGCGCAGCAGCAGCAGCAACAGCAACAGCAGCAGCAACAACAGCAGCAACAGCAACAACAGUCGUCGACAUCGCAGGCCAAUUCCACGGGCCAGACAUCGUUCUCUGCCCACAUGUUUGGCAAUAUGAAUCAAUCGAGUUCGUCCUAGCUGCCAACCAAGCGCAA